UACAUGGCAGGACCAGCAGUAGACGAUUCAAUAAAAUACGUGUCACUACGUUGCGUUGGAGGAGAAGUGCCGGGUGCGACAUUGGCACAAAAAGUAGGACCAUUGGGCAUUCCUGCUAAGGUGGUUGGUGAAGAUAUCAAAAAGGCAACGAUGGACUACAAGAGCUUGAAGAUAAAUGUCCGAUUGGCCAUCAAAGAUAGGAAGGCAACCAUUGAGGUGAUGCCCAGUACGGCCACUCUCAUUCUCAAGGCUUUGAACGAACCGCCUCGCGAUAGAAAGAAGGAGAAGAAUAUUAAGCAUACAGGGAGUAUUACGCUGGUUGAUGUUGUUGAGAUAGCGAGAGCUGUGAAAGUGCGAAGCUUGUCCAAUGAAUUCAAGGGUACUAUUAUGCAGGUUUUGGGGACAUGCGUUUCGAUUGGCUGUAAAAUUGAAGGAAAGUGUCCUAAAGAGGUUAUGAAAGAGAUUAACGAGGGUGAGCUGAGACUGCCUGCUGAAUAAUUAAAGGCAUUUUAUUUAC